AUGGAUUAUUAUUUACUCAAAAACUCAUCAGGAACUGGGUCAGAAAGUAGCUCUAAAUCAUCAGCCAGGCCAUCAAAUAGGCCAAUCACUGUGAGAAAAGAGGAUUCUAAAAUGAUGACAAAAACUCCAACUUUGAAACUAAAACCAAUCACUGUACCUCCAAAAACUGGUGCCCAGAGCUUGUAUAAUGUCCAACCAUCCAAAGGCCCCACUACACCAGUGUCUGCCCCUCCAGUUCCGCAUAGAACCCCACCAUCUGCUACCCCACCAACUCCAACUACUCCUACACCCAACUCUGGUGUGUCAGGCUUAGGUAAGGCCACCAAAUCUAGAAAGGGCUCCCUCUCUGCUGUCAUAGACAGAUUAGCAACCAAACAACAAUCAAAAUCUCAUGAGCCCCAACAGCAAAUUACAGAAUUCAAAGUUCUUGAGAGAAAACCGGAGAUUGUUUCCUUUGAGAGCAAACCUACCAGUAAUACUCCCAGUAAAGAAAAGAGAUCUAGUGAAUCUAUAGCUAAAGAGAAAUCAGUGAUGAAAUUAGAUCUGUCAAAAACCAAACAGUCAAAGCCAAGUACAGGUGUUAGUACACCCACUAAAGACUCAUCCAAAUCUGCUACCUCUAAUACCAAAGUAACUACCCCAAAUUCAAAAGUUUCUACCCCUAAUUCUAAAGUAUCCACCCCUAAUUCAAAGGUUCCAAGUUCUAUUUCAAAAAGUUCAACACCAAACACCAAAGUCUCGACCCCAACUCGACCUGAAAAGAGUAUCCUGAAAACUCCUGAUGUUAAAAAGCCUGAAAAUAUUAUUCCUACAUUGCCUCGAAAAACUGAAAGUGCUAAUAAUGCUACAAUGCCAAGAAAACCUGAAAAUGUUAACACUCCUGCAAUGCCAAGAAAAUCUGAGAGUGUAAAUGUUCCCAUGAUGCCUGCGAAGAGCUUAGUCUUGAAUGAAGAAACUGGUCAAAUGGAACCCAUAAAAGAUACCCCCAAAGUCCCAAUUGAUCCAUCUAAACAAGUGAUAGGCACAGAUAGUGAUGAUAAAUCAAAGCUUGAUGCCAGGAUUUCAGGUGAGAGAAAGGGUUUGUUUCAGACCCUUCAAGAAAUGGAGAAGAGAAAAUCGCAAUCACCUCUUCAUACCCAAGGGAAAGCAAAUCCAGACACAAAUAGUAAACCAACAGAAAAUCUCAGACCAAAAUCUGAAGCAACUCCAAAACUCUCAGUUAAUGUUAAUAACAAGGGACCUGUUGAGAUUGAUUUGAUUAGUCCUGAUGAUUCAAAUGGUAAUGAUAUUCCAGCACUUGUACCACAGUUCAGUGAUUCUUUCCCACCAUCUGGUAAUGUUAACCCUAAAGAUGAACGACCACCACUUUCUCCAAUUGAACAGAGGAUUGAGCCAAUUAGUCCUCCUAUAAUUGAACCAAAACAAAGGAGACUUGUCCCUCUGAGUCCCAACAGUGAAGGCAGUCCAGGCCUUGUUAUUGAUUUUCCUAAUACGCCUAAAUCAAAUACGAUAUCACCCUUGGUGAAACGUACUGUUACACCUCAACCAAAAACAAUCUCCCCGACGCCAAAUAACACAGAACAGGUGCAAUCUGAAGGAGUGUCGGGAGCCCCUGCAAGGACAGCCUCACCCAGUGUGUCGAAUACAAUAGUUGGGGUGGGUGUUAGUGUAUCUCCCGCUAGGGCUAAAGACCUUGUUAAGACUCAUACCCCAUCUCCCCAUUCCUCACCCCUCAUGCUUGAUGAUGAACUUAUGGAUGCAGCGAUUACUGGUGGAUUUGGUAGCAAUUCAUGAAACAUCUGGCAUCUCUCAAUUGGGCUCAAUCAAUUUAAUCAUUCUCAAUGUGUUGAAUAUUUUAUAUAAGUCAAUGUUAGAAACAAAUCAUGUAAAACAGAGUUGCUCUUUGCAUUCUGAUAACAAAUUGUAGUAACUCAAGAAUGGUCCAGGAGAUAUGUCAAACUUUUCAAAAGAACAACGCUUCAUUUGAAGUAUCUAAUUCACUUUUAUACUCAUCUGCCUACCUCUCUAAGUUAAUUCUGGUUACAGGCUCCAGUACUAAAUGUAUAACGAACCUCUGGUCAUCACCUAUGCUAUUUGUGUAAUUACAUUACUGUACAUACUGUCAUACUUUCAUAGAAAU